AUGGCGUCGUGCCCGGAGAACGUCUUCUUCCAUUUCACCGCCGCCGAGUUCGACCCGGCGAGUCCACGCGUCCUGAGUCAACUCACCGGUCGACUUUCCCGUCAAAGUCUACAUUGUUCGGGAAGCCACCGUCAUCAACCGCAUCUCGUCUCCAAUCAGACAGGCACUCGAGAAGCCGUUGAACUACGCGCGGAGACAUCCUGCGUCGACCGGGUCAUAUGCCUCGACUCGGACAUCUCAUCGUGGUACGACGAUAUUACAAAGCUGUGGAACACGACGUUGACCGGGUCGAGAGUCAUCGGAGCUCCGGAGUAUUGUCACGCUAACUUCACCAAAUACUUCACUUCCACUUUCUGGUCGGGUCGAAAGCCUUGUUAUUUCAACACGGGUGUGAUGGUGAUGGAUCUCGUGAAGGGAAUUACAGAGAAAAGAUCGAAACUUGGAUGCAGAUACAGAAGAAAAGAAGAAUCUAUGAGUUGGGUUCGUUGCCUCCUUUUCUUCUUGUCGAAAGAAGCGAUUGAUCAUAGGUGGAACCAGCAUGGUUUAGGAGGAGACAAUGUCUGUAGCUCUUUGGAUAAAGAAAGGACCAGUGAGUUUAAUUUGUUGCAUUGGAGUGGGAAAGGGAAGCCGUGGGUUGGGCUUGAUGAGAAGAGGCCACCGUGUCCUUUGGAUCAUCUUUGGGAGCCUUAUGAUUUGUAUGAGCAUAAGAUUGAGAGAGCUAAAUAA